CCUCUCUCUCUCUCUCUCUCUCUCACUCCCCUUCUCUCUCUCUCUCUCUCUCUCUUUCCACUUCCUCAAAGUGGCCAGAGUUCCUUCUUCUUUCUCUGGUCCUCUCUACAUCCCUCCACCACUCCUCGUCUUCCUCCUCCAGCUGUGAGAGCACCGACCGACUGGCCCAUUCAUCUCCACCUCCAAGCCCAAAAAGGAUCUCAGGCCUCUUACUUUUUCCUCAAAACUUCCAGUGAACACCCCAUUUUUUAUUCUUGACCUUUUUUGGUGUUUCACCCUUCCCGUCGUCCAGAGAGGCCGGUUGGCGUGUGUGUCUGGUGUGUGUCUGGUCUGCGGGAGCGUGUGCGAGGGCUCUGGUGUCGUGCUCUUUGCCCCGAGGGAGUUCCUGAAGGUCGUGACUGGAGGAGAGAAAAGUUUUUUACCACCAUGAAUGUUCAGCUGCUGCUCCUGUUGGCCCUGGUCGGCCCUUUCUGCGCCUUCACACAUGCAAGCCCCACACAAAUCCCUGUAGGGCUCAUCACUGAGAGUGAAAAAGAUGCAGCAACCGGGGCUACAAAAGAGGAACUAACCGUUGUCACCGGUCCCCCUGCAACCGAACCGACAGCGGCCUCUGCAGAAGUAACUGAAGAAGCCACAGUUAAAGCUGUCCCUGAAGCCACAGCUGAAGCUGACCCUGAAGCCGGAACUGAAGCCGGAAUUGAAGCCACGACUGAAGCCAUCACUGAAGCCGCCGCAGCCACCGAAGCAGCCACUGAAGCAGCGUCUGAUGUUGAAUCUCUUGUGGUCACUGAAGCGCUCCCCAUCACCAAGGAGCCCAUCCAUGAGACAGAGGCUUCCACUGCUGCUGCUGAAGCACCAGAACCCCUCACCACUGAAGCUCCUGCUGAGGAGACUGCAGCCCCCACUGAGGCGGUAGAAGUAGAGCUCCAACCCGAGGCAACCGUCGAGAUACUGAAGGACGAGGAGGUGUUCAUUGAAGAAGGCACAACGGAGGGCAUGAGCUCCGGCCAGGUAGCCGGCAUUGUGCUUGGCAGUCUGCUGGCAGUGGUCAUCGUCAUCGCCGUGGUGAUAGCUGCAGUGAGGAGAAUGGGAAAAUACUCCCCUUGAAGAGAAAAACAGCCAAGCAGCAAGAGCACCCAAAGUUCUGGAAAUUCUGAACUACUGAACUGUGACGACAUUUCCGAUCAUUAAAACAAGCACGACACCAGAACUAAACCAACCUAACCAGGACUCCGCACUGCCAAAAAACCAAAACAAAAAAAACGGGGAGGGAGGCUUGUGUGUAUUUAUGUGUGUAUUGUAUGAGUGUGAGACAAGAGGGGUACAUGAGCAGACAUCCUUGCCUCCCCCCCGCUAUCUCCCUGACCCCCUACAGCUGCAGAUAUGAAAGGCUGUGGCUUCCCCUGCCCCCUCCUGGAGAACAAAACAAGGUGACAGCAGGAUGUCACAAAGAAUUUCAGGGCUUUUCAGAUGCAUUUUAAAAAGAAAGAGAAGCAGGGGAUUAUCUGACAUGCAGGGGGUAAACUCUCCCCUCUUAACUAUUUCAGUGACUGACUUAGAUUUGCAUUUAAGUGUGUGAAGGACAUGCUGACAUAACAAUAGGAAAUUAAACACACAUGGAAAGUGGGAACAGGAAAAAUGCAAGAGAGACUGUUACAAAUUCCACAGGAUGUAUAUACAAUGUAAGGGGGACUACACAGCAUACAGCUAAUGACUUUCUCAUAAUGCCGUUGCAUAGGCUAGCAUUUGAUAUUAUGGAAUACACAGAACACACAGACCAUUGUUGUGGCUUUUAAGACGCCCCUGAGCACCAGAUAAAAAGUUUUCUCAUGUAGCCAGAUCCUCUGACAUGUUGGCCGACUGUAUGAAGCACCGUGUGCAGAAGUUUUUCUUAUCCUGACAUGAUGAUACUCGCGAGCUGUGUUGGCUAGCAUGGGGCUAACAGAAACGACAAAGGCACCCUCAUUUGCAAGAGUAACGUGACAUUCUGCCCACUUUAACACUGACUUAUAAAAACCUAAUACAUAUCUGUGAAAUUUAGCAGAAGGGUUUGUGCCACUGUCUCUGGUAUUCUCUCGGUAGUUUGGAGGAUUUGAAGUUUUGAAGUGCAUUAUUAAUGUGAAUUGACCGUAGUUUUUAACUGCCACCCAUUCCAAAAACACAACAGCUUUGUCGACUGCUGGCUCGUUCCAUAUGAAGCCUCUCACACAGUCCGUGGCUGUUAGACCUGGUGACUGCAUUGUCUCGACAAUGUACUCACAGUACUAGUGUUAAUAGGUAGAUUACCAGAACAGCCAUCCAGUCUUUACAUUGGGCUAACCCCAGAUUGUGUGCACAGGAUGAAAUUUGUCAUAGUUGCACUUAGUUUUAGUGCACAGUGUUAGGCAGCAAUGCCCCGCUUUUUUGUUAUUUUUUGCAAUUGUACGUAUGCUAAAUGGGUGUACAAUUUAUGAAGUCUCAGCUUAGCUCUGCUGGCUUUCCAAACUCGUUUAAUAUGUGCACUGACUGAGUGAUGUAAUGUUUAAUGACUAGGCUUUAGACACUGCAAAUGUUUGCAACGACAUGUGUCCGCGUCCUCCCUUCUGCUUUGCCUCAUAUUAUCAGUUCUAGGUCUUUAAUUUGUGCCAUCUGAUUUGUUUGAACCUUGUAUUUAAUUGCAGUGUUUUUGUUCAUACUGUUUCAAUAAAAAACUGAAAACAC